AUGAGCUCCUUGUCAAAUACACGCCGCAGAAUCUGUCAUUCGGAUAUCCAAGUGCUGCGCGGAGAACUCGACAGCCCGCUGCCCUUGAUCUCAUCCCACGAGCCGGUGGGCACAGUUGUGCAGGUAGGGGAGGAAUCCGCCUCAAAAUGGAAAGUCGGCGAUCGGGUGGGUAUCUUGAGUUUCAAAAAUGCAUGGGACACCUGUGCUGGAUACAGAAGGUCUCGUAAGAGAUAUGGAACGCUGGAUCCGCGAUUUUGUGAUCACAGAGAGACAGGUGGCAUCAAGAAUGAUGGUUGUUUUGCCGCGUAUAUGGUUGCCGACUCAGCGACAACAAUCGCUCUUCCUGACUCUGUGUCCUUUGAACAAGGAGCACCAUUUUUAUGUGCGGGGGCACGUCGCUAUUCACCAUAUUUCACUGGAAAAGAGCCAGGGCUAAGAUUUAGGCCACCAUUUGGGGAGCGAUCAACAAGGCAGGACCAUUUCUCCAAGCAGUUUGCUAAAGCUCUGGGAUACCGAACGGUGGCGAUUGAUAACCGAGAUGCUAGUCUACAGCUUACGGACGACAUGCCCACGGAGCUUCAGUCGGAUCAUCUAAUAAACUCUACGCAUGACGAUGCAUGCGAGAAGAUUCUGGAGCGAACUGGGGGUGAAGGCCUGGCCGCGGUGAUCAAUUGCACAGAUUCGAUUGCCGUCAAUGCCUGGAGCUCGUGA